CGCCAUUUUAGUCGUAUUUGAAAUUUUGAAAAAUUCGCCCGUUUGAUGUCUUCUGCAGCCAACUUUCCAUUACAGGAAAGUACAAGAGUAAAUAAAGAAAAUGAGAGGGAAGAGCCAUAUGAGAAGUUUAGUCAAGUGGCCGAUAAUGCUUGUCUUCAAAACACGACCUUAGACGACGUUGCUUCGUUUCUGAAAGUAGAACAAGAAAAAUCUCCCAAUUUCAAACGUUUGAAUGCAAUCUUGUUGGAGAGAUUGAAGGAGACUGAGUCAAAAUUGCGGUCGUUAGAAUCCGAGAAAGAAGAAUGGGAAAGAAAAUUCAUACAGAAUAAUUACCAGGAACAAAAUGAAGAACUAUCUGAAAAACUGAGAGAGGCAGAAAAGCAAAAGAAGCUUGUCGAAGAGGAAUUGGAACAAGUACAACUGCGAGUAGAAAUCCACUUGAAGGAGCUUGAAAAGGCUCGUGAAGACUUUGAUAAUAUCUCUAAUUUAUUUGAAGAGCAGUUGGAAGAAAAUUCCACUCUGCAAGAAGAGAAAAGCUUUAUUUUAAAGCAAGUUCGUCAGCUAAAGGAUGUCAAAAAACAACUUGAAAUGUCAGUAGAACAGCUCAGUAAUCAGCUGAGCUCCACUUCCGAUGAAAAUGAAAAGCUGAAACAAAAGAUUCAACAGUAUCAGAUGGCAUUUGAAGUUCGUGAUGAAGCCCUUCAGCAAAUAAGCGCGGAGCUCAGAGAAAAGAGGCUUAAAGUGAAUCAGCUACAAGUAGAUUGUGCAGAAAAAGAGGACAAAGUCUUAAAGUUGGAAGAAGCAAAGGAGAACUUUGAAAAGAAUAAUUCGAAAUUGGAGCAGUUGGUGAAAGAAAAACAGCAGUUUCUCUGUGAAUUUCAUAACUUCUUAUCUGAAUUCGAAACUUCAGUCGGUCAAUUCAUCCAGGAAGAGGAGAAAGCACAAGUCUCGAGUCUCGAUCCAAGUUUGGAGACACUAAGUGUCGAGUCCUACUCGGAAACCAACGAAACUGCAGAUCGCUUUCUAGAAUGGAGAGACCUGGCGAAACUCAAAAAAUUGGUCGAAUUACGUAAUGAGCGCUUUUCAGUCAUGCAACAAGAAAUCAGUGAGUUAGAGAAAAAGUUGAAACUUCUUUCAGACACCACAAAGUCUCAGAAAGAAGAGAGUAAGAAGACUGUUAUGAUGAGUAGGCUCUUAACAGCAAUUCGAGGACUAUUUUCCUUUUGGUUGUUCCCAACAAAAAGGAAUCCCACUUCCAUGUCUUUAUCAUAUGAAAAAGUCGUCGAGAGAGCGGAAUCUUCUUGUUCCACACACUCUUAAUAAAAAAUCAACUCUUCUUUAAAAACCAA